GGAGGGCAUUUAUGUAAUUUAAUAAGAUCAUGCUCUCUCCUUCCGCGCUCUCUCCCCUUGCCCUUCUCUCUCUAAAGUAAAAGUACCCCCUUGGUUCCCCACUUCGGUCUGCCAUUUACGCUCAUACUCAUUGCACCACCGAAAGCAGAGUACUGGAGAGAGAGAGAGAGAGGGAGAGGAGAUGGAGAGAGGGGUUGUGGGCGAGUUUAUGGUUUGUGUGGACAGGAUCAUCGCGUCCGCCUGCUUCGAAGGUGGAAAUGUGCCGGCGGCUAGAGGCGAUGGCGGUUACAGCGCUACGGUUGGGGCGGAGGGGGAGGGGGAGUGCUCGGAGAACUGGAAGGAAGAGGCGAGGUGUAGUAAGAAGAAGGGAGGAGGGAGGGAGAUGGUUGAGUGCAGAAUUUGCCAGGAGGAAGGGUUGGAGAGUGACAUGGAGAGCCCUUGCGCUUGCUGUGGAACCCUUAAGUUUGCCCACAGGAAGUGUAUACAGAAGUGGUGCAAUAAGAAAGGGGAUAUUACAUGUGAAAUAUGCAACCAGGCUUAUGCACCGAAUUAUUCCGCUCCACCUCCCCAGGCGAAUUCUGAUGUACUAGCCAUUGAUAUCAGACAAACCUGGGGUCCAAGGAUUGAUUUGCAUGAUUCCCAUUUCCUGGCGAUUGCUGCUGCAGAGCAGGAGUUACUUCAAGCUGAAUAUGAAGAUUAUGCAGCUGCACAUAACAGUGGCAUUGCCUGUUGCAGAGUUGUUGCUCUUAUUUUGAUGCUGCUUUUAUUUUUUCGCCAAAUUCUCAUGGUCACAAGCGACCCUUUGAUGGUUCAGGAUGUGUCUGCCUUCUUCAAUAUAUCUCUGCAGUUUGCUGGUUUUCUUCUGCCAUGCUAUGUAAUAGCUCGCUCAUGUUACCUUCUCCAGAGCCAGCACAGGCGGCAAGCAUGGCUUUGAUAUAGGUUUCCUUCUCUGAUUCUCCAUGAAUUUGAAUCUACCCCCUCCUAUGACUCUGCAUAUGAGCCUUGCAAGUUAGGCUUUUUUCUUAAUUUGCUCCAGCAAAUUGUACAUAUGAAUCUUUUUUUUUUUCUUUUUUUUUCCCUUCUGUUAACUUUUCUAAGUUAUUGAGAGUAAUAAGAGAAAGAAAAAUAGAAUAGAGAGAAACUGAUGGGAAAAAAGGUCUCUUAUCAUAUUCUCUACCUUCAUUUUUUCCUCUCUUAUUACCCAAAAAUAUUGUUAUGUGAUGCCAAAUAUUUUCACUUUAGUUGAUGAUUUCAUUUCUUCAUAUUUUCUAAA